GUCCAUAGCAGACGAACUUGAAAUUAUAAACAAUCGUCUGUUCAAUGUGCUAGGUAGUAUUAAACACGUUUUAGUUCAUAGACCUAGUCUAAUAAAAGAGCACUUACGAAUUUGAUAUCAUUCCAAAAUACUCGUAUUUCAAUAUGAGGAAAAGAUUUUUUGUCACUCGCCUUGAGGAGAUAGCUUUCACGGCGUGUUAUCGUGAAAUUCUCAGUAAUUUACUCCUUUGUCCUGAACAUCGACCUGAAGACAGACGUGGCAUGAAUUCUUAUUCAUCUCUUAUUUCGCUUAACCCUUUCUUUACUAGCUCAAAUAUUCGUGGAUUUGUCAGAAGUCGCUUGAACCAUCAUCUUAUUGGAAUAAUGAAUGAUGAUAUAAGGAAAAAGUUUAUUUGUGAAUUCAACAGAAACUUUUAUGACGCUGAUCAGAAAUCAGACAUUUGGGUUUUCUUGGACUGUGUUCUGGAUAACAGCUUUACUGAGCUUGAAACCCAUGUUGUUUUUCCUAAAACAGAGCCAAAUGAAAAGUUUGUUCACAGUAUUUGUAAUCGCUCACCGAGUGUUGAAGUAUUGAAAAUGAAUUUUGAAAUGGUGUCAAAGUCAACACCUAUGGUGAAAUUGAGUCCCAUUAUUUCAUCACUGUCAUCCUUGGUUAAUUUAAACAGCCUUUCACUUAAUCUUCUCCACAAACACCACAGGGAAUUACUGAACUGCAUAGGAAUUUCAUGUCCAAGAUUGCAACAUUUCUGCAUUACUGGAUUUCGCAUUCUUAAGAAAGAUAUUCUUGCAUUAAUGCUUGGGGAAAAACUGAAACAGUUUCCUGAAAAAGAAAUGGUUGAAGAAGAAAAAAAUGUCAUUUUGGAAAUAUUAACUGAAUACCUCAGUCCAUUCUGUUUCACUCUUCAACACUUGCAACUAGAAGACCUAGAAGAGAAGAAAAAAUUUCGAAAAGGCUCUGAAUUCUCCGGACUUUAUCCAGCUUCUGUCGCUCUGCUGUUGCGCCACAUGCCGAAUUUGAGGCGAAUCGAUCAUUCUGGUUCUUCUGUCAGUUCUGCCAUCAAGCUACUUCAUCAAAUUCCAUCUGCAAAUGAGACCCUUGGAAGUAAUCAUAAAAAUAUUUAUGAAGCAAGCCAAGAUUAUACAAAUCCUCGUCUUCCCUCACCAUUCAUUACCAAUUCACCUUUCUCUGGUAUAAUCUCCCUAACCAGCAUAGAUUUUGUCAACAUUCGGGAUGAAAUUCUGAUGAAGGCCGUUGGUCGGAUGUGUCCUCAUUUAAAGGAAGUGACGUUCUCAGAAUUGCUACAUACUGAUGCUAUUUCACCCGAUCAGCUAUUCUCCAUCUUAACAACGGAAUGGCCCAAGGUUGAACGCGUAACUUUAAUAAAAGUUUCAACGAAUUAUCGCAAAGCAAUUCUUCGUGCCCUCGGCGCUCAAUUGUCCCAGCUCACGUUUGUCUCUUGCGAGCUGAUUGAUGUUGCUGAUCUUAUCUCUUGCGCGGAAUUGGAGGUUUUACGAAUUUUCUUCUCAUCCACGCUAUUGUUACCAAGUGAAAAUCCAGAGGAGAAGUACUUCCCUCCCGAGGCGUUCCUUCCAAAACUCAACCGUCUAGAAAGUGACAUUUGCCUUAGUUCGAGAUACUCGCAUCUGUUUGAAGAAAAAAGUACUUUGACAUAUUUGGAUCUCGAAUGCUGUCAUGUCGGUACAAAAGCUUCCACCAUUUCGAACUGGAACGAAAUAACAAAGAAUUGGCAACGAAUUCAUACUUUGCACAUUCGCCAGUGCACUGGACUUACGAUGGCUGGAACUAAAACUCUCACUCUUCAGCUGACUAAGUUGAAAGAGCUGAGCCUCCCUAGUGGAAUGUUGAAUUAUAAGGACGAAAGAGAAAUCUCUUAUGAUUUGAUGAAUCGCUUCAACAAGGGGCCACUGAAGAUUUGUUUAAAAUUUGAACGCAGCCAAUCUUCCCUAAUUUGUUCAUAUCAGGAUCAGAACGGCCCAUACGAAACUUCCGAUGAAGAACUAAGCAGCGGAGAUUCGGAUGAAUCGAGCCACGGUUUUGGCACAAGGAAUGAUUUGGAUGCGAGGGAGGAUUAUGGCGGCUGGAUGGAUGAAAUUGACGUUUUCAACGAAGAUGUUGAGGACUUCUUUGAAGAAUACGAUGAUGAUGAAGAUGUUGAGGACUUCUUUGAAGAAAACGAUGAUGGGGAAGAUGAUUUUCUUAAUUGGCCAUACCCAUACCAAGUACCACAUGGACAGAUGACUUAUUAUCCAUAUGCAUAUGGUUAUCCUACACCCAUGCAAGGCCAGUGGAUGGGGCAAGGCACUUGGAAUGGGGCUGGAUAUCAAAUGCCUCCUGUAACUUCUAGUUCAGGAAAUGCUGCUGCUCCACCACCUUUGCCAAGUCUUCCACCACCCCCUCCACCACCACCUCCUCCUCCUACUCUAUCAACUUCAUUUGAACCACCCCCUCCAGGUUCCAUUAAAUUCACCAUUCCUUCCAAAGGCAGUAAUAAAUUGCAGAAGGUUAAGCAAGAAAAUAAGGCUCCUGGUCCCAUCCAGGUUCCACAAUACCCAACAAGCCCUCAAGUGGCAACCUCCAGUGCUCAACAGAACAUCCAGAACAAAUCUCCUGAGCAAACAUUUUCACAAGCUAAGGGUUCAGGGAUGCCGGUUGAUUGGCCAGAUAGUCUACGUCGUUACGUCGAGCGAUGUUUUGCCAUGUGCCAGUCAUCUGUUGACAAAGAUUUUGUUGAACUAAUUCUUAAGGGGAAAAUCACCUCGGCAUCAAGGGAGGGGAAAGCCCUAAGCAAAGAUUGGGAUAAUGAACCACUUCCGAAUCUGUCAAGGGUGGAAAAUGCCGUUCCAACGAGUGGAGUUGCUUCUAGUCUGAAAGCAGGGACGUCUGGAUUUAACGUAUCUCCCAUGAAAAACGGAGUUAAUAUUUUAGGCUCCACAGCCGGGGGAGCUUCUGCAUUCAGGAUGCAGCCAAAUUCUGGACAGGAUAUCUCUCCAUUCAAAACUGCGCCGAGUAGCAUAGGGAUUUCAGCUGUUAAACCGGUUACUGAUACUCCGUCUUUCAAGAAUGGAGCAGCUAGCAAUUCGAGCAAUAAUUCCUUUAAGACGGGAGCUUCCAUACUAGGAAUAUCCGCUUUGAAGACAUCAGUUGGAACUAAACAAAACCAAAUCUCGUUUCAGUUUAAAGGACAAAGAAAGGCGCUUUACGGUACUGCACUGAGGAAGUCAUCAUCAUCAUCGUCAACCUCAUCUUCUCGUUCACGAAGUCGUUCCCCCGUUGGUAGGCAACGUUCCAGCAGUCGCUCCAGGUCUCGGUCUCGAAGCCGUUCUCCCUCCCGCUCACGAUUGUCUCCCACUAGUCGCUCUUCACCUGCAAAGAAACUCACCAAAUCCCAGCAAAAGAAACUGAAAAAGAAGAACCAAAACCAAAAGAAGUCGUUGGGUGCCGCUGGAAAAGGUGGUUUAGGUUUGGGAUCGGUCAACCGAACCGUCUUGGGUGCAAAUUGGACAUCUCCAGACAAACUGCGUAAGCGUCAGGCUCGCUUCCAAGUGCCCAAGAAAACCCGGCUAACGACAUUGGGUGACAGCAGCUUGUACAGGGAAGACGUUACUGGGGAAGAAGAUUGGUCGAAUUUACUUAUCGUUGGUACGUGUUGCGAAGUUGAGAAGCCAUUUUUUAGGUUGACUGCUGCUCCUGACCCGUCGACUGUCAGACCUGUACACAUUCUGAAAAAAGCUCUUUAUAAAGUUAAAACAUCUUGGGUUGCUAAUCCUGAUUACCGCUCAUGUUGUGAUCAAAUGAAAUCCAUAAGACAGGAUUUGACAGUGCAGGGUAUUCGGGAUUCCUUUACAGUUGAAGUCUACGAAACACACGCCCGUCUAGCUCUGGAGGCUGCCGACCACGAGGAAUUCAAUCAAUGUCAGACGCAGUUAAAGGCCCUUCACCAUGAAUUAGGAGGAAAGAACCUACUUGAAUUUACUGCCUACAGGAUCCUCUACUACAUUUUUACUAAGAGUACCAUGGAUUUGAACACGACUAUGGCCAGCUUGACUCGUGAAGAAAAGGCAGACGAUUGUGUCGCUCAUGCCUUAGAGGUACGUUCAUCCUGGGCAUUGGCAAACUUUCGGCGUUUUUUCCGACUGUAUAAUCACGCUCCUCGAAUGUCGGCACACUUGAUGAGCUGGUUUGCCGACAGGGAGAGAAAACUUGCUUUAAAGACACUCAUCAAAGCUUAUCGUCCAAAUAUUCCGGUGGAGUUGGUGACGACGCAACUUGGAUUUCCAACGUUGGACGCUUGGUUCGACUUUUCAAAGGAGCUGCCUAUCGUCUAUUCUGAUGAUAGCAAAGCUCAGAUUGAUUGUAAAGCUAGUACUGCUAAUUUGACUGCCUGGUGAAUGCGAUGGUUACUAGUGUUCUCUCCCGUUCAAGUUUUGUCUUAAUUUGAAAAAACCUCGUUGAUAACAAGCUCCACAUAAUUUCCUUAAGAAGCCAGCCAAAAUUCCACCGAAGCAGUUAAGAAAAUUCGGAUAAAAUGGAACUCCACAGUUAUCCAUGAAUGAAGCUAAUUUUCGACUAUAGAUUUGCAGCAAUGUUUGAGGGGAUCUGAGUUUCGAUUAUCCAUUUAUAUGAAGGCUUUCACAGAAUUCCGCUGUUACAAACUUACAUAUGACCUUUGCACGAUUCUAUUCAAAUCGGAUAGCUUGCAUCUAUUUAAAUUCAGUCGUUAUUUUCCUUCUGUGUGAUACUCGAACAGUGUCGAAAAUCUUUUUCAUCCUUGUUGCCUAGGCCAAUCUGCUUCCUUCGCAUAAUAAAAUUUUUUGUCUGAA